GUGAUCGACUGACCCGGAAGACGAGAGUAUGGCGUGGCACUGGGAGCUGAGCGGAUGAGACCCGGUGAUGUCGGGUGUCCGGGUAAGUCCCCGCCCCCCUAGGGAUCUGACUGUGCACGGAGAGACGGAAGUAACGGGAUGACAGUACCGGACGCCGCCGCCAGAGUGUCGCCAUGUCGGUGGGGGAGCGGAGGAACGGCAAUCUGCUGGUCCAGCUGGGUCCGAAGCUGCAGGCCCAGCCCGAGGAGCUCCUGCGCCAGCGAUGGAGUGCGGACGGUCAUGUGGAGUAUCUGAUCCGCUGGGCGGUGCAGAACAUGGAGGAGACAGGAGCCGGCAGCGGUGGAACCACCUCACAAGCGGAGAACAAGUCCUCCAACAUCCUCAUGUGGAUGUCAGCUGAGGAAGUCUACAGCAACUGUCCCACCCUGCUGGGGAAGCGGAAGCCUGAGGGGCCCGGGGUCCCACAGGAGAAGACUUCCGGGGCCCCAGAUGAAGGCGCUCUGCAGGAAAUGACCGAGGACGUUCGGAUGCUGGUACAGAGAGCGGCCCGUCAGAUGUCGCCCAGCUGUGGUCCCGACUCGUCUAUCCUCAACACCAUCCACGUGCUGAGCGCUUACGCCAGUAUCGGCUCGCUGGCCGGCGUCUUCAAGGAGACGGGAGCGCUGGACCUGCUGAUGAAGAUGCUCUGCAACCCAGAGAAGCAGAUCCGCAAAAACGCCGGCAAGAUGCUGCGCGCGCUGGCGUCUCAUGAUGCAGGUGGGGGCGGCUGCGCAGUGCAUGGUGGCACAUCCGUGGGGCUCGGGCACGCCAUGACGGGCAGUUGUGUGUGUUUUGCAGGAAGUCGCGCCCACGUCUUGUUGUCCCUCAGUCAGCAGGACGGCAUUGAGCAACACAUGGAUUUCGAGUCGCGCUUUACACUGCUGCAGCUCUUUGCCGAGACCACCAGCUCGGAGGAACAUUGCAUCUCUUUUGAUGGCAUCCACCUACCACAGAUUCCGGGGAAGCAGCUGUUCUCGCUGGUGAAGCGUUACCUGUGUGUGACAUCACUGCUGGACCAACUGAGCAGCGACCGGCCGGACCAGAACCAGGGCACCCGCCUCCAGCGCCAGUUUGACUUCUGCAUGGCCAUGGGCAGCCUCAUCUGUGAGCUGGUGCGGGUCAUGGGCUGGAGGAUGGACAGGCAGCAGUUCUGGGCGCGGCGUCCUCCGAGGUGCAGCGCAUGCGCGGAUGUCUCCAGCACAGAGACCCAGGAGUUAUGGGUGGUGGACCCUGCGCUGGGAGGUGAGAGCCUCUCGCAGGGUGACUGGUGGGAACUUCUCUUCCUAAUCCGACAACUGGACCAUGAGAACCAAGAGAAAAUGCUGGAGGUUGUCAGACAGAAUGUGGAGACGCAGGAUCCUCUCGCUCUCCUCCAGGUGUCGGUGCCUCCCAGUGCAGCGCAGGAGGUGGUGCGGCGCCUCAGUCAGCACUGUCGGGGCCAACACCUGUGUGACCUGCAGAACUUACACCUCUACAUCUGCUCCUGUUCAACCCCAGCACCUCAGAAGUCCUGGCCCGGUCCUGAAGAUGUGGAGAUAAGGUCCCAGAGACCACCAGAGGCAGGAGAUGGAAAGUCCGACCUCCAGAUCCUGAACAUCCUGCUCCUGCUGGAAGGACUACAACUCUCAGCCACUGAGGAGGACCCGGCGGGUGAGAGUCCACAAAAUGUUACCGGAGCCAGCAGUGAGGAGAAGAUGGAGGUGAGGAGGUCUCUGGAGAGCUGCCGGUCACUGGUGCUGAACCUCCAACGGGGGAGGCGUGGUGACGGGGAGAGCAGGAGCUCCUUCGGAGAGUCCACGCUACGUGAGAAGAUGGUGAAGAUGUUGGUUGAGCUGUUGAUGUCUCAGAUGAAGGAGAAGCUUGUGGUGGUGACGAGUCUGCAGCUCACCUACCUGCUCAUGUCCAAGUAUGACUGGCGGGUGCUGUUUGCCACGGAGGGAGGGGUGCGGGCGGUGCUGGGCUGUAUGCAGGAGCACCAGUCCUCGCUUGCCAUCCAGCACAUUGGUCUGGCGGUCCUGAAGGUGCUGACCGGGGUGGGAAGCUGUGACCUGCGAGGAAGCUCCCGCCGCUACAACCUGAAUCCGGGGGACGCUCAGGUGAUGAAGGAAAUCUUCUCCAGCAUCGGAUCGGCUGCCAGCGGGAGCUCCACCAGCCUCCUGAGGGCCAUCCCCGAGGCCAUCAGCAAGCUGCAGAGCACAGAGGGGUGCUUGACCUCCGUGUACAACGGGCUGCUGGUCAUCCGGAUGCUGACCGACAACCAUGAAGCUCUGUCUGAGCAGCUGUCCGGGGGCGAGCUGUCCGACAUCCUCCACAGCGUCACCGGAGACAGCAACUCCACCUUCAGCAGCCUGGAUGUCUCCAUGCAGAAACGGCUCCAGGACCUGAUAAAGAGCAGUCAGGAGAAGAGCGGCACCGAGGCCAAAGAGGUGGCCCCGGCUCUGCAGGACAUGGACGUGGCGUCGUUGCUCAGCGGUCUGCAGGACGUGCGGCUGUGCCGGGAGCUGCUGCCGUCUCUGGAGCGCUGUGUCUGUGGUGACACCUCUGCGCUGCCGUGUGAUGUCUCCCAGCUCCUCACAGACCCCGACUUCUUCCUGCAGCUUCUCUCCAGCCUGGAGCAGCUCCGCAGCGAGAAGCAUCUCCAGCUCUGUGUCUACAGGAUCCUGAAUAAAUGCCUGUCCUACUACCAGGAGGACGCCCUCCCCUGGCAUCGCAGCAUUGAGCCCUGCCUGACCUCCCUCGUCAGCACCACCAGCGACCAUGAGGUCGUCCAGGAGGUCGUCAGCUUCCUGCACCGCCUGGCGUCCAUUAAUAAAGACUGUGCCGUGGUCAUGUGCCGGCUCGGGGCAAAGGAGAUGCUGAGUAAAGUGUUGGAGAAGCAGAGCGCCACCGUCCUGCAGGCGGCUGAACUGCGAGACCUCCUGAGUGACUGCGAGAAGUACACCAGCCUCUACCAGAAGAUGGCCACCAGCAUCCUGGCAGGGUGCAUCCAGAUGGUUCUGGGGCAGAUUGAGGAGCAUCGGCGCUGCCAGCAGCAGAUCAGCAUCCCCUUCUUUGAUGUCUUCUUGAGAAACCUCUGUCAGGGCUCCAGCGUGGAAGUGAAAGAAGACAAAUGCUGGGAGAAGAUGGAAGUUUCCUCCAACCCGCAUCGCGCCAACAAACUGACUGACGGGAACGCCAAGACCUACUGGGAAUCGAGCGGCAGCACCGGAUCCCAUUAUAUCAACAUCUUCAUGCACCUGGGCGUGGUGAUCCGGCAGCUGGUGCUGAUGGUGGCCAGUGAGGACUCCAGUUACAUGCCGGCCCGAGUGCUCGUAAUGGGCGGAGAGAGCGCGUCCAGUGUCAGCACCGAGCUCAACGCGGUGAACAUCUCUGGCUCCGCCUCCCGCGUCGUGCUCCUGGAGAACGCCACCCGUUUCUGGCCGGUGGUUCAGGUGAAGAUUAAGCGGUGUCAGCAGGGCGGUAUUGACACGCGGGUGCGCGGUCUGGAGGUCCUGGGGCCGAAGCCGACCUUGUGGCCGGUGUUUAAGGAGCAGCUGUGCCGGAGGACCUUCCUCUUCUACACCAGCCGGGCGCACAGCUGGGGGCAGGAGAUCCGCCAGAAGAAGGAGCGCUUACUGCAGCUGUUCAGCAGGUUGAACCGCGCCUUGUCACACGAGCAGGAGUUUGCGGAUCGGUUCCUGGCGGACGAUGAGGCUGCUCUGGCCCUGGGCCGCACCUGUUGGGAGGCGCUGAUAUCCCCCCUGGUGAGGAGCAUCACCACCUCAGACCCCGGCGGAGUGAGCCCCUUCAGCUGGCUUCUUACCCGCUACCUGGAGAACAUUCAGGGGGCUCGACGACCCAAGACCCCAACUUCAGUCUUCAACUCCCGGGUCCGCAGGCUGACCCACCUCCUGGUGCAUGUGGACACCAAUCCCCAGGACACCGCCGCACUGAAGGCCCCCAGUAAGACCAAUGGGAAGAGCCGGGACCCCCCCACUUCCCCCGUGAGACCCUUUGGUUCUGAGUGGAGCAGUAUGGCAGGGAUCGCUCAGUGCUGGCAGGGAGUGGUCCGGAACCAGGUGCAGCGCUUCCUGGAGAUGUCCUGGAAUGAUGUGGAUCUGGUCUCCCGCUUCUGCUCCAUGUACCGGGCCCUCAGAUGCGCCAUGGAUGAGAUGUUUGGACGACAGACGCGGUUCUUACUGUCUCUGCGCCAGGGCUUCUGUGAGGGACUGUUACAGCUGUCAUUCCUGACCGCGCUGCACGUGACGGAGCAGUUCGCUCGCUAUAUAGAUCGGCUGAUAACUGCGAUUCGUGCGGACUCCUCGGAUCUCCGGUCCCUGGAGCAGCUCCAGCAGUUCCUGGACUUUGUCCUUUUCUUGUCUGAUCUGGAAUUGGCCAAUUCUUUUGAGCAUUUUUACAGGCAUUAUCUGGCGGACCGGCUCCUGUCCCUUGGACCUUGCUGGUUGGAGAACUCAGUGGUCGAUCACAUUGGCAUUUGUUUCCCAAACCGUUUCCCCCAACAAAUGCUGAAGAACCUGGAGGAGGCGAAAGAUCUGCAAAGAGAGGAGCAUCUGUACCGGCUGCAGGAGCGUGAUAGAGCGGUCUUAUCUGAGGAGGAGGACGACAAUGAGGAGGAGAUGGUGAUGGAGGAGAUCUCUGUGCUCCAGGACGAGGGUGUGGAGGAUGCUGAGGUUCAGAUCUCGGUGCUUUCUCCUCGAUGCUGGUCUGUAUCCCCUGUCUGCUACCUGGACGAUCCAUCCAAGUACCUCCCAGAGGCCCUCGGCAUCCCUCUGCAGCACUUCAGCGACUUCUAUACAAAGAGUCAGGUCGCUCUGGGCUCGGACCUCACUCAGUCUCGCCGGCUGCAGUGGACUUGGUUGGGGAGCGCUGAGGUACAAUAUGGAGACCUGACGCUCCGAGUCUCCACCCUCCAGAUGUUCAUCCUACUGCUCUUCAACCAGCACAAGGACCUCUCCAUGGAGGACAUAGAGCAGCAGACAGGGACAUCUGGAUCUCUCCUCAAGACUGCAGUAGAUUUCCUGACCUGCGAUACUGGAAUCCUCUCCCAUCAUAAGAACGCAGGGCGUCUCUACGUGAAUGAGGCCCUGUAUGACUUGGGCUCUCGGAUGGCUCUGGAUUUCUCCACCAGAUGGAAUGACAACAGGAUUUCAGAGGAAAUGAUCUGCAUUCUACAAGAGAGAAGAGCUUCCCUGUUACGUGUGUUGGAGCAGGUCAUGAAGGAAGAGCGUGAGAUCCAUGUGGACCGUCUGAUCUACAGGGUUAUUGAUGUGUUCCAGAGAGAAAUGUCCUCUGUGCUGCCCACUCGCUGUGGCAUCCCUGAUGUGCUCUCUUGUAUAAUGCGCCAGCUGGAUCGUGGUGUUAUUCAUAGGAAACCAAGCAAUCCAUUACUUCUGUGCUAUAAGGUGGAGGCUCCAUCCCCUGUGAUACUUUGCCCUUUGCCUUCCAAUUCAGAAACCAUUACCCCAAUCCCACCCCAAGUAUCAGAAUUCUGCAGAGUGCGAAGAAUCAGCAGCAACAUCGGGCCGGUCCCAGAGCAGCGUCCAACAUUCAGCACAUUCAAGUCUAUGGCCUAACGGGACGGAGAUCAGACGCUUCAGCUCGUUCCAGGCUGCGUCCCGUUCUUUUGCAUGUUCUGGACCCUUCCCGCCUAUCUGACAUCUGUUCCUGAUCGGUGAAUGGGUACAUGGAAGGAUGACCUCUAACUUUAGUCCAUGCUCUUCUGGUUUCCCCCUUCAUUUGAUGCUGGUUCUGGUUGCAGAUGGUGGUGGCUUUAAGGUUAUGGUUGAAGCAGUUAAGCCCAGAUGAGUCGAGUGCAUUAUGUAGAGGAAGAAGUUGAUGACUGCUCUGAUCCUAGGAACUGAAGCUAGGGUCAGAUCUAGAGCCUCCACCACACGCAGUACGAGGCCAUCUUAUCUGGAGAUCUUCACUCGCUCAUUACUCUAACCGGAUUCUCAGCUUUACUAAAGGAACAGGUAAAAAUUUUAAGGACAGGCCUUCAAAACUGUACCGAACAGGAUGAGGCGGGGACAGGAUGAUCUGUAUGAUGUGAUGUGUGAACGGUAACUGGUGACUCUGGUACGGGUCGUGCAUCCUCUGUGCCUUCUGCAACAUUGUCGAUUCAGACACAACAUAUGGGUCAGUAUUGUGGGGAUUCGCUCUGGAAGGCAGGGUGAGCGGACGCCGUACAGAGGCAAGAACAAGGUUGUAAAGCAAAGUUCAGUGUUUAUUCACACAUAGG